AUGGUUCAAGCCUACGACUUCUACAUGGCCCAUUGGUUGAACCAGUUUACCCUGGACAGCGAGUACAUCAAGCGGUACCUGGGCGAGCUGACGCCGGUGCAGGAGUCGCGCCUGCUGCAGCUUAGGAAGUGGAUCGCGGACUUGCAGAAAGGGAAGGUGCCAAGCGACACGACGCUACUCCGUUUCCUACGCGCGCGAGACUUCAACGUGGAGAAGGCGCGCGAGAUGCUUUCUCAGUCACUCCUCUGGCGCAAGAAGCACCAGGUGGACCGCAUCCUCUCGGAGUACGAGACCCCAGACGUCGUGAAGCAGUACUUCCCUGGAGGCUGGCAUCAUCACGACAAAGACGGACGUCCGCUGUACAUUCUCAGACUUGGCCAGAUGGACGUGAAAGGACUGUUGAAAUCCAUCGGGGAAGACGGCCUCUUAAAGUUGACUCUUCACGUAUGCGAAGAGGGUUUAAAACUGCUGGAAGAGGCGACGCGCUCAUCCGAGCACGCCGUCCAGUCGUGGUGCAUGCUGGUAGACCUGGAUGGCCUGAACAUGCGGCAUCUUUGGCGGCCAGGCGUACGGGCGCUUUUGCGUAUCAUCCAGGUCGUGGAGGCCAAUUACCCGGAGACCAUGGGACGGGUGCUCAUUGUACGAGCGCCGAGAGUCUUCCCUAUAUUGUGGACGAUUGUCAGCACCUUCAUAGUCCGUAUCAUCCAGGUCGUGGAGGCCAACUACUCAGAGACCAUGGGACGGGUGCUCAUUUCGUGGUGCAUGCUGGUAGACCUGGAUGGCCUGAACAUGCGGCAUCUAUGGCGACUUGGAGUGCGUGCGCUGCUACGUAUUAUCCAGGUCGUGGAGGCCAAUUAUCCGGAGACCAUGGGACGGGUGCUCAUUUCGUGGUGCAUGCUGGUAGACCUGGAUGGCCUGAACGGGCUGGCGGCAUCUAUGGCGGCCAGGCGUGCGUGCGAUCCUACGUUUAUCCAGGUCGUGGAGACCAACUACCCGGAGACCAUGGGACGCGUGCUCAUUCCCGUGCCUCUGCUACUCAUCAUCCAGGUCGUGGAGGCUAACUACCCGGAGACUAUGGGACGUGUGCUCAUUGUACGAGCGUCGAGAGUCUUCCCUAUACUGUGGACCAUUGUCAGCACCUUCAUAGGAGUGCGUGCGCUGCUACGUAUUAUCCAGGUCGUGGAGGCCAAUUAUCCGGAGACCAUGGGACGGGUGCUCAUUGUACGAGCGCCGAGAGUCUUCCCUAUACUGUGGACCAUUGUCAGCACCUUCAUAGUCCGUAUCAUCCAGGUCGUGGAGGCCAACUACCCGGAGACCAUGGGACGCGUGCUCAUUUCGUGGUGCAUGCUGGUAGACCUGGAUGGCUUGAACAUGCGGCAUCUAUGGCGGCCUGGGGUGUGCGGUCUUUUGUGUAUUAUCCAGGUCGUGGAGGCCAAUCACCCGGAGACCAUGGGACGGGUGCUCAUUGUACGAGCGCCGAGAGUCUUCCCUAUACUGUGGACCAUUGUCAGCACCUUCAUAGAUGAGAACACCCGCAGCAAGUUCCUGUUCUACGGCGGCAAAGACUACCUCCAGCCGGGAGGGCUGACCGACUACAUCCCUAAGGAUCUCAUCCCAGACUUCUUGGGGGGACCAUGCAAGAGCUUCGUGCACGAGGGUGGACUGGUUCCCAAGAGCCUGUAUGUGGCGGGUGCCUUCACCGAGCGCGAUGGAGACCCGCUGAGUGAAGACAGCGUCUACAGAUGCGUUAGCCUGGGCAAGGGACAGGUGCACGAGGUGAUCGUGGCCAACCGCGACCCGCAGAGCGUGCUGACGUGGGACUUCGACGUGCUGCGGCACGACAUCUCCUUCACGGUGUUCCGCACGGCGCACGACCUGCCGCCCGACGAUGACAGCACAGGCGGCGCGGCCGAGGAGUGCCGCUCGCUGGUGGAGCGGCGCGGCUGGCGCGAGGGCGGCACUAGUGUCGGCACUGGGCUGUAG